AUGGCAGCACUUCUAACAGACGACGUGGGGUUAGCGGCUUUAUGUCGCAUAGUGCAUGCUGAAUUCUUGUUACCUUCUUCUACUACUGACAAUGUGACACUCGAACAACUGCCUGAAGAAUUGGAAGAAGGCAACGUCGAGUACAAGCAGCAGCUACUGGAGCCAACGUACGAUCGUUUGCGUCAAUUGACGACACAGAUGAAUUGGCGUCUAAAUGAAGGUGGUGGUAUCGCCUUUUACGAGAUUGGAGUAAAAGAUAAUGGAGAAGUUCUUGGUCUCUCAGAGAACGCUGUAUUACAAUCUCUGGGAGCUUUAGCACGAAUGUGCCGUGUAGUACAUGCUGAAAUGUCAUUAUCAAAGUUUCGAGUCGGUCAAGAUGCAAGUCGCAAAGCAGUGAGGAUUCAGAUUAAAAGAGUGCUGGAACAUAACACGACCAAGCGACUUCGUGUGUCCGUAAUUGGGGACUUUGAGAGUGGCAAAUCGACUUUGGUGGGGGUACUGACUCGUGGGUGCUUGGAUGACGGUGCUGGAUUGGCUAGAAUGCAAGUUUGUCGACAUCGUCACGAGCUGGAGAACGGAUGUACGUCCAGUGUAAGUGAGCACACGAUCUCAGUGGCUCCAGAUGGACAUUUUCGAUGCAUGGACGGGUUAGACACGUGCAAUUUUGGUGAUAGUGAAGACGAGGAAGAGAUGCACAAGCCAAGAAGACAAGAAACUUUCAUCACGCUGAGUGAUUUAGCUGGACACAAAAAAUAUCUCAAAAGUACGGCGUCGGGACUGGCUGGUCAGUUUCCGGACUACGCGAUGCUUGUGAUUGAUGCUGUUCGAGGUGUUCGAGACAUGACGCGCGAGCACGUUAAGAUUGCUACUGCCUUGGAAGUCGUCAUUUUUGUGGUGAUAACAAAGAUAGAUCGAGCGACUGACGAGCGAAUACAACAAUUGCUGGUUGAAGUCACACAAUUGCUGAAGGCUUUUUGUCCAUGUCAGCAAGUUGUUUUGGCACCGAAAAGUAUGACUACGUCAAUGAGCCACAAGGCAAAGUUGCAAAAGCUUACGUCAGCGUCGAUUGUGCCGAUAUUCCAAGUAUCAAAUGUAGACGGCAAUGGUCUGGACGUGGUGCAAGGAUAUCUAGCUAUGCUCGAGCCUAAACAUGUGUGGGCGGCCAAGGCAAAGAAACCUGCUGAGUUUCAAGUUAGUCACGCCUAUGAUACUGAAGAUUCAGGCAUGAUUCUGAUUGGCUUAGUGCAAGCUGGAACGUUUGGCGUAGGAGAACGAAUGUUGCUCGGACCCGGUGCUGAUGGACAGUUUUGCGACGUAGCACUUGAAAGUAUUGAAGUGCAGCGCAAGGCUGCACAAAGUCUUAGCGCAGGAGAGACAGGCGCUGUGCUCAUACGCUUCCUAUGUGCUGCUCGGCCGGCUCACCGCAUCAGGAAAGGUACUAUACUUGUGCACCCGAGCGUGAAACCUAUGGCUACACGCCAAUUCGAUGCAGAACUACUUUUCCUGCCGGAUGCACGCAUAUUUCGCGAGAAUUUUCAAGCGGUUAUCCACACUGGCCACGUUAGGCAAAUGGCGAAGAUUGUGCGAAUAGGAGACCCCAAUAAGUCAGCACCGGACUUUUCAACCACGCUGCCAUCGACACUUUCACCUGCAACGACAAUGUGUCGCUUCGAAUUUAUGUACCGGCCUGAAUACAUUCGUCCGGACUUGCCUCUAGUGCUACGCGAAGGACGUGCGCAGGCUGUAGGUCGUGUUGUACGGGCUGUACCAUACUACGGCGUCAAUGCCCUGCAUGUAAACUAA